AUGAGACAUUUAUUCAUUUUGGUUGUACUUGCCAUCUGCUUGGCAGUACCAUCUAUGUCCCUGUCCUACCGUGACCACAGCCUCUGGACCAAGACCACCAAGGCUGCCGCUGACCACGUCAUUGACUUCCGUGUUGCCCUCCGUCAGAGAAACAUUGAUGUCCUCGAGGCCGUCCUUUUGGAUGUCUCCACCCCAACUUCACCAAACUAUGGCAAGCACUGGUCCAUUGAGCGCAUCAUGGAGUUGAUUGCCCCACCACACUACGUUUCUGACGAGAUCGUUCAGUUCCUCGAGUUGCACGGCGCCUACAACGUCGAGAACAAGGGUGACUUCCUCAAGGCCUCAGCCCGUGUUGAGGACAUUGAGAAGUUGUUCAAGGUCGAGAUGUUCAACUACAAGCACAACACCCGCAAGAACAUGCACAUCGUCCGUUCUUCCAAGUUGUACACCAUCCCAGCCAAGUACGCCGACGAGAUCCAAUUGGUCUCUGGUAUCUCUGAGCUCCCACACACCAAGAACCGUCCAUCCGGACGUAAGCUUGCCGUCGGAUCCUCUGACCCAGGAAUCGUCAUUCCACAGACCAUCCAGGGUCUCUACGGAAUCCCAGUUGGCUACCAAAACAACGCCAACACCUCCCUCUGUUUGGCUGAGUUCCAGGCUGAUCAGUCAUUCAACAAGAAGGAUUUGAAGACCUUCUCCACCCAGACCGCCACCCCAUUGAUCAACGUCGAGAAGAUCGUCGGUCAGUACCAGCCAGACCAGCCAGACCUCGAGUCAACUCUCGAUGUCCAGUACGGAGGUGCCGUUGCUGAGACCGCCCAGAUCUGGUUCUGGACUGUCGAGGGAUGGAUGUACGAGUUCUCUUCUGACUUGUCCACCACCUACCCAGCCCCAUACGUCGUCUCCAUGUCCUGGGGAUGGCCAGAGAACCUCCAGUGCCAGUCCGGUGUCGGAAACUGCGCCUCUGGUGAGACCUCUGAGGACUACGUCGGCCGUGUCAACGCUGAGUUCAUCAAGAUUGGUGUCCGUGGUAUUACUUUGCUCGCUGCCUCUGGUGACCAGGGUGCUCCAGGUGAUGGAGACUCUGACUGCACUGACAAGAAGCACCCACUCUCCACCAUCUUCCCAGGUGCCUCCCCAUACGUCACCUCUGUCGGUGCCACCAUGUUGGCUGCCCCAUCCACCGUUGACAAGAAGCACGCCAAGAAGUCCGUCGGUGCCAACCCACCAAUCUGCUCUCAGAGCCCAGGCUGUGCCACCUCUACCAAGGAGGCCGUCUGCACCUACCCAGAUGCUCUGAUCACCACUGGAGGUGGUUUCUCUGACUACUCCCCAGUGCCAUCAUGGCAAGCCACCCAGGUUGCCGCCUACUUGAAGUCCGGAGUUGUCCUUCCACCAUCAACCGUCUUCAACGCCAGCAACCGUGGUUUCCCAGACGUAUCUGCCUUGGGUCACAACUACGUCAUCAUCGCCUCUGGUCAGUCCGAGGUCGUCGACGGAACCUCCUGUUCGUCACCAGUGUGGGGUGCCAUCGUUGCCCUGCUCAACUCGUACCGUUUCAACAACAACAAGCCAGCCCUCGGAUUCCUCAACCCACUGCUCUACUCUGCCCCAGCCAACUGUUACACCGAUAUCACCUCUGGUAACAACAAGUGCACUGAGCAAUGCUGUGAUGCCAAUGGAUACAUUGCCACCACCGGUUGGGACCCAGUCACCGGUUUGGGUACCCCAGUCUUCAAGAACCUGUUGGCCUACGUCCAGACCCUAAAC